ACGAGGUUUCACGUAUUGUCUCUUAGCUACACCAUAUCUCGUGGUAGAAAACAAAACAAAUUAGAUUGAACAUAGACAUUUAAGGAGAUCGGGUUUACUUUCAUUCUUAUUAACAUUUAACACAUUGCAAUCUCAUUGUUCUUGGAUAAUUUUCAGAAAUGAAUAAUGAAUUACGCUAAGAGGGAAGAAAAGAGCCACAGGACUUAACACAUUCAUAUACAUGGAGAUAUAGAACGAUUCCGUCGGCGGCGGACUGGUUUAGAUUACUGGAUAUAUGAGCUAUAUGUGAACUGUGAAUAAUUUCUAAACUGCAUUUAAAGUAACCAUUGUUUUAAGAUAGGCGAGUACUUUACAAACAAGACAUAAUGAGUAAAGUCAGAAAACCUGGAAUUCUGAGAUCUGUAAUGACUAAGACACCCAUACGGGAAGGGUCUACAAGAGAACGCACGUGGGACGCCAAGUCCGAUAUAUCAGAUAACGUGCUAACCGGGCCAAGGCAAAUAGAAAACACGUAUAAAUUAGCACCUGAUGACGAGAAGAAGUUCAGACCUGGAAAAGUAGAAAAUGUGAUGAAAGAAACUUUAACUGAAUUCCUGGCUGAUGUUGAAUAUGAAAAGACGCUGGGACAACGCAUGAGUAAGUUGUUAGCGGAUACCAUAAAGACGAGGGUCAAAGAAUUCAAGUGGACACGAUACAAGAUUGUGGUACAUGUGAUAAUUGGUGAAAAUAGGGAACAAGAUAUAACAGCCGGAAGUAGAUUCCUCUGGCUAGAGGAUACCGAUAACUACGCAUCUACCACAUUUGCAAACAAGUCAUUGUUUGCUCUAGCAGUGUGUUUUGGGGUAUAUUACGAGUAAAGACUUAAUGACUGUAUAAUGUAAAUGAGUAUUUAAGGCGUAUGUGAUAUAUAUUUAAACUUGAAUGAACUAACAAUACCCAGCCUUAAUAUGGAACUUUACAAUUUCACGAGACUUGUCUUUGGAGAGAAGUGAAGAUGAUAUAUUGGCAUUUAAUUUGAAAACAGAAUUAACAUGUUCUUGUUGGUAAAGGUUUCGUUUCAAAAUUACUGAUUUACCCUUUAUAUUUACUAACCGAUUUUAAAUCUUAUACAUGUUUAUGGAUUGUAUUGUAAUGUUGACUUACAGAUGCAACUACUGAAACUAAUGAAACGUCCAAAAAUAUGACGUAUGAACAUUUAUCGUAAAUAAUGUAAUAUUAUUAAUAGGUUGAUUCCACCUUCUCCUGGUCUGUUGUAUUGACCGAAGCCACUAAGCCUAGACCAACAAGUUUAUCCAAGGUUAAAUAAUAGGCCUAAACGGGAAAUGAUGCAGAAAACGUCAUAUAGUUCAAUUUUAAGUCACAUGUGUAUAAUUACACGAUCAGUAGGUCUACACACUAUAUGCCGACUGACGAUCGAAGAAAAAAAUCGUGAACAAUGACUGUACGACAAUUCAAAAAUUAAAUACAUGUAAUAUAAUUAUUUCAAAACAUAUGUUUUGGUACACCAUUUUUUUUUACUAAUCCUUUACCGUUAAAGCAUGUUUACAUGUAUUUCUGGACAUAGUAGGAAGUUUUCUUAAACCGUAUUUAAGCAUGAAGUUUCAAAUAGUCUAGAAGUUCAAAAGGGAUUUGCAUUUUGGAAAUAUAUUUGAAAUUAACAAAGUAAUGAGUAUUUUACUGUACUUGGAUUUGUUUGGUGACAGUUUUGUCCACAGAAUAUAGAUAUUGUAUUUGAAUAAAUGACAUAGAGUUUACAUUUG